UUAUUCUCUACAAGAGGGGCCUGGUUAAUUGUGGGAACCUCACAAUGGAAUCGGACUCUGGAGAGUAUGGACCUGGAGCCUAUCCCCAUUCUGGCAACUUUACAUUCACCCUCUGGAUCCCACACCCUCCAAACCCCACUUGCUGAUCUCCAUUUCCUCCUGGAUCCUUGUUACUCCUAUACCCUCUGAUUUCCAUAUCCCUGUGGAUCUCACACUAUCUAGAUCCCACACACACGCUGGAUCCUGCACCUUCUGAUUUCCAUAUUGCUGACUUUGACUGGAGGACAAUGGACAUAACCCCAAUGGGCCAGAAGGAGUGGCCAAUCAUGCGUUGCCAGGAUUCACUCGUGGGGUUUGGGGAAAACAAGACUCCCGGACCAGGCUUGUUGCAGGAGAGCUGCGAGAUGACUCUCAAAAUUAUAUCUUCAGAAAAGCCAGCAAAACCCAGCACCCAAAAACCAAGGAGCCUUUCAGUUAUCUUCUCAAAGAUAAUACCAUGCAUGUCCGCAAGCUCACUGAGAGUCUCCAUGAGAAACUGGUUCCCAUCACAGAGGAGCUUCGUCAGAAGAUGACGGCUGACACUGAGAAGUUGCAGCAAUUGAUCAGGCACAAGUUACAAGAACUGAGCAGGAAAAUUGACCCUUUCAAUGAUGGAGUCCACCAGAGGCUCAGUAGAAGCCUGACAGAAUUCUAUCGGAUGCUGACACCUUACACUGAGCAACUCCGCAUUACCCCUGUAAUUCACAGCAGCAGAACACUUCGACGCAAAGUGAGAGCUGAUUCAAAAACCCAAGGGAAAACCAUGGUCUCACUGACUGAAAAAGUACAGAGUCAGAUUGAGGAUAACAUUGCCAAGGUAAACCAGGGCCUCCAACCUGCCACGUCCCUGGUCCAGCUUGAUAAAGGAAUCCAGAAGAUUCUGGCUAAGCUACUUCCUGAUGUUGAACGAGGAUCUGCAAGUGUGCUCCAUCAGGUCGGCACCAUUCCCCAGCACAUGGAGAACAUCAGUACCCUCGAGUUAAAGAUCAAUGAGAAUGUGAAAAAACUGGCCCCUUAUGCCUCGAACAAGACAGGGAUUCUGGGUGGUAACCUGAAUGAUGAAAAUCUGACUCACCAAAUGAAGGAUCUCAGCAGCAACAUUGAUGAAGUAGCUAAGGCUUUCCUGCAGAACACGGAGUCCUUCAAAAUCAAUAAAAACCUUACAGUGAAACUGAAGAACAUGAAGGACAGACUCUCUCCUUAUGCAGACAGCUUAAAGCAAGCUCUUCAAAUCAAUCUUUCAAAUAUGUCCGAAUAUAUCCGAGAUGAAGUGAAUAACUUUUGAGAAAAGAAUGUUGUUCAGUCAAACUGAAUCUUGGGAGUGGGGAAUCUUGAAUUAUGAAGAACUGUAUCAUUGAUUGUAACAAUUCUCAACAGAUUGAGUUCGUGUCAAAAGCAAUAAUUGUCAACAUCGCUUGAUAAAAAUUUUAGGAUGCACUGUAGUUUACUC